AUGGUUCUGUUGCCCAAAGUUGGGAAGAAUGGACUUCAGGGACUCGUUAACAUAUGGCCAAGACCCACUCUUAUCGCUUGGAAAAUCAUUUUUUGCUAUGGAGCGUUCGAGGCUGCUCUUCAGCUACUUCUACCUGGUAAAAGAGUCGAGGGCCCCAUUUCUCCAACCGGACACCGUCCUGUAUACAAGGCUUGGGAUAUUCAACCCUCCACUUGUCUAUGA